CCCAGCAAGGACGACCUGCAAAGUUGGCUGAAAGCGCAAACUAUUGAGAAUAGCCAUCUGAAAGAGCAACUGCAAGAAAAUCAAGCAAUGCUUAAAGCAGUGUAUGCAAUUGCAAGAGAAGGGAUAUCAGAAGGGGACCUUUCAGGAACAGCGGAAUUCAAGGUUCACAAAUUUAGUUGCCAAAUUAUGCAAGCAAUGGGUAUUGAUCCUUACAAAGUGACCCAGGAAGAGUUUAUGCAACAUGAAGGUGAUGUACAUGGAGGUACUGAGCAUGGAGCUACUGAGCAUGAAGAAGAAGAGUUACAAUUAGUUGAGACAGAGCAACAAGGAGAUGGAAGUACUGAGCAAGAGAAAGAGAAAGAUGACGCGGAAACUUCCUUCCAUGAAGAAUUUCCAUGUAUGAGCCUUGCAGCUGGAAAUACGCCAACAAUUCUGCAAGCUCAAACUACUGCAGAGGGGCACAAAAGACCACUCAGGACAUAUAGUUCGAGUAUGAAGAGUGUGACAACUUGCAAGACUCCACCAAAGAAAAGGCUUGUCGCAAAGAAAAAGCCCACUCCUACAAAUAAUGUUGAUGAGGAGCAGAAGAAAGAUGUUGAAGAGACACCUGUUACGGAUGAGGCACAGAAGAAAGCUGCAGAUGGUGGAGUUGUGGAUGGGGCAGGUGAUGAUGUAGCUGCAAAAGCUGUAGGUGAUGAUGUUACUGCAAAAGUCAAUGAGGAUACACCUGCAACUGUUGGUGACGGUUUGGUUAUGACUUCUCCAACUCAGCCAACUCCUGGAACUUUUGAUGUGGUAUUGCUUAACCUGUCGGAUCUUUGA